GUCUUCUGAUUGAACAGAUGAUGUCAUCAACAACUACAAGAAUGGCAAGUCGAAUUUGGAAAAUUUGAAGAAGCUGGGCACAUCCAUUUUACACGGAGUCGAUGCAACCAAAAUGAAGAAUCAUGAUGACUUAAAAAAGCGCAGGUUUGAUCGAAUUAUCUUCAACUUCCCUCAUUCAGGCUUCCAUGGAAAGGAGAGUUAUUACUGGGUGAUUCAGAAACAUAGGACUCUUGUGAGUGGAUUCUUCAGCAAUGCAAGCAAAAUGCUUCAAGUCAAUGGUGAAAUACAUGUGAACCAUAAAAUCACACACCCUUUUUGUUGUUGGAAUCUCGAGGAAUUGGCUUCUGCAAAUUCUCUGGACCUGAUUGAGAGCGUUGAGUUCAAAAUAGGAGAUUACCUUGGUUAUAACAAUAAGAGAGGGGCUGGUCCAAAAUGUGAUGAACCCUUUCCUUUGAAUUUAUGCAAUACCUACAAAUUCAGAUUUUUGGAUAGAGCUAAAAACAUGUCUCGGCAAUUUCAAGACUCCCCACCCCAAAUGCAGCGGCAGCGAAACACACCUGCUUUCAAUUAUAGUCAUAGAAAACGCAUUGCAGCUAUGAAUCGCUUUCCACUCCAACCGCAAUUGCCUUAUACAGUGGAUGCCAUGAAUGAUUGCUUUUUGCUUUUGGAAUUUUAACACAUGCUCAAAUGCUGCAUUUGGAAGAGAUAUCAAUAAUCCAAGACAGGCAGAGCUGUCGUGCACUUUAUCUAAUUUCAGUUUGUCACCAAGAAGUCGCAUUCGAUUCAUGGAGGGCCGCUUUCUACCAUCAAUGCUGGACCUGCAAGCCAUAUCAA